GAAACUAUACAAUGUCGAACCCUAAAGUUCCUGAAGUAUUCACUAAAGGCUGGAAGCCGCCCUUCCAAGAACAGCAAGGCGCUCCAGGCAAGCAGCAAGGCACACUCGAACCCCAGCCUGUCGACGAUGUCACCGCAGACGGAAAACCAUACAGGCCUUCUGGAAAGCUCGAGGGUAAAGCUGCUCUUAUUACCGGUGCGGACAGUGGCAUCGGCAGAGCCGUCGCUAUACUCUUUGCUUUAGAAGGCGCAGAUGUAACGCUUGCAUAUAAGCCUGAAGAGAAAGAAGACGCUGCUGCCGUCGAAAAAUAUAUCGCUGCCAAAACGAAUGGCAAAGCUAAAAUUGCCCACGCACCACUCGACUUACGUUCCGAGGAGAACUGUAAAAAGCUGGUGGACCUUCACUUGAAGGCACACAAUGGGAAGCUGGACUCACUUGUUCUCAAUCACGGUACACAAGAAGAGAUUGGUACUCUCCCAGACAUCCCCACAGAACAAUGGAACGACGUCUUCACAACCAACAUUCACUCUUUCUUCUUCAUCGUAAAAGCUGCCCUUCCGCAUAUGCCUAAUCAUGGCGGCGGUACAAUCGUCUUCGACGCGAGCGUCAAUCCGAGCGUCGGUCACCCAGGCUUAGUAGACUACACUGCUACGAAGGGAGCAAUCGUCGGCUUUGGACGGGCACUUAGCAAUCAGAUCGUUGGUGAGCGCGGUAUCCGCGUCAAUAUCGUCGCACCUGGCCCUAUUUGGACCCCCCUCAUUCCGGCAACCAUGUCAAAGGGCUCCAUAGAGAAGUUUGGUGUCACCACACCGAUUGGACGCCCCGGUCAGCCCGUCGAAAUCGCAACAUGCUUUGUGUUUCUCGCAAGUGCGGAUUCGAGCUAUAUGAGUGGCCAAGUUCUGCACCCGAACGGAGGUGUCAUCAUCGCAUAA